AUGGACAUUGACAUGGACUACGAAAGACCCAACGUUGAAACUAUCAAGUGUGUGGUGGUUGGAGAUAAUGCAGUGGGAAAGACUCGUCUGAUCUGUGCCAGAGCCUGCAACACAACCUUGACUCAGUAUCAGCUGCUGGCAACGCACGUCCCGACUGUCUGGGCCAUUGAUCAGUACCGUGUCUGCCAGGAGGUCCUUGAACGCUCAAGAGAUGUUGUGGAUGAAGUGAGUGUUUCUCUCAGGCUGUGGGAUACUUUUGGAGACCACCACAAAGACAGGCGCUUUGCUUAUGGAAGGUCUGAUGUUGUUGUUCUGUGCUUUUCAAUUGCUAAUCCUAAUUCCCUGAAUCAUGUGAAAACAAUGUGGUAUCAAGAAAUCAAGCACUUCUGUCCUCGCACACCUGUCAUCCUGGUGGGCUGCCAGCUGGAUCUCCGCUAUGCCGACCUCGAGGCUGUUAACAGAGCCAGACGGCCUCUGGCAAGGCCAAUAAAAAGGGGAGACAUUUUGCCACCAGAGAGAGGCAGAGAGGUUGCCAAGGAACUCGGGAUACCCUACUAUGAAACCAGUGUAUUUGACCAGUUUGGAAUUAAAGAUGUGUUUGACAAUGCAAUUAGAGCUGCCCUGAUCUCCAGAAGACACCUACAAUUCUGGAAAUCUCAUUUGAAGAAGGUCCAAAAACCUUUGCUUCAGGCUCCAUUCCUACCUCCAAAAGCCCCUCCUCCAGUUAUCAAAAUUCCCGAGUGUCCCACACCGAGCAUGAAUGAAGCUGGAUAUUUAUUGGACAGCCCACUGUGUGCAGAUGUCAUGUUUGUUCUUCAGGAGCAGGACUGCAUUUUUGCUCACAAGAUUUACCUAGCUACCUCCUCUUCAAAGUUUUACGACCUUUUCUUAAUGGAAUGUGAGGAAAGUCCAUACUUGGAUGAAACACAGUCUAAUAAAGAAACUACAAAUAAGGAUGUUCUGACGAGUCACCUUGAGACAAACAGUGACAGUGACGAGGCAUCCUUGAAAUCUCUUGAUGUUAAAAUUCCCCCACCAGAAAGUAGUGAGUCUUUAAACAUGCUAGAACCUGAAUCUGGUGAAACAAACUAUGCAGCAAGAUCUCUGUCCUGCUGGGGUAAGGGGUUUGUUAGCAUGCACAAGGAAAUGCAAGUGAAUCCUGUCUCAAAGAGGACGUGUCCUGUAACUGUGGUAAAAAUGGAUUCCUCUGUGCAAGCUGCACCUUUUAAAACUGUUUUGCAGUUUUUAUACACAGGCCAACUGGAUGAAAAUGAAAAAGACCUCACCAGACUGGCUCAGAUUGCUGAAAUCUUGGAAGUCUUUGACUUGCGAAUGAUGGUGGAGAAUAUUAUGAAUAAAGAAGCCUUCAUGAAUCAAGAGAUUACUAAAGCAUUUCACGUCAGAAAAGCUAAUCGGAUAAAAGAGUGCCUUUGCAAAGGGACAUUUUCUGAUGUGACAUUUAAAUUGGACGAUGGAAGCAUCAAGGCCCACAAGCCACUGCUGAUCUGCAGCUGUGAGUGGAUGUCUGCUAUGUUUGGAGGAUCAUUUAUUGAAAGCUCCAACAGUGAGGUAGCUCUGCCCAACAUUAACAAGACCUCCAUGCAAGCAGUUUUAGAUUAUUUGUAUACCAAGCAACUGUCCUCCAGUCAGGAACUGGACACACUUGAGUUAAUUGCAUUGGCAAAUAGGUUUUGCCUUCCUCACCUGAUUGCUCUAGCAGAGCAGCAUGCAGUACAAGAGCUGACAAAGGCCUCCAUGAGUGGCGUUGCAAUAGAUGGAGAAGUCCUCUCCUAUUUGGAAUUGGCACAGUUUCACAAUGCUAACCAGCUGGCAGCUUGGUGCUUGCACUACAUCUGCACCAAUUACAACAGCGUUUGCUCCAAGUUCCGCAAGGAAAUCAAAGCUAAAUCUUCAGAUAAUCAAGAAUAUUUUGAGAGGCAUCGGUGGCCGCCUGUGUGGUAUUUAAAGGAAGAAGAUCACUACCAGCGAGUUAAAAAGGAGAGAGAAAAGGAAGAUGUUGCACUGAACAAACAUCAUUCAAAGCGGAAGUGGUGCUUCUGGAAUUCCUCUGCUGUAGUUGCCUGAACAAAGCAAAUAAGUGGAAAUCCAUAGCCAGAAGUUACUCUUAUUGUUAGAAAUAACAUAAAGUUCAGGUUUUCAGGAAACUGUGUUCCACUUGUGCAUUUAUUACUUCUAGGGUCAAAAGCACAAGCUCACCGAAAAUGAGCCUGGAACAGCUCCUUGAAGUCAUAUGUAUAUUUUUGACUGGUAAGCAGAUAAAUGUCAACCAUUAUUACAUUACUUUUUAUACAAAAAAACCAAAUCCAGCAUUAAUGUUUCAAUCUCCAGUUGGGAAAUAUUUUUAUACUGUCUGGUGUAUUUUGUUCAGAUAAAAUUCUGGAUACUGUUUUGUUUUACAGACCACAAAAUAACCAUGUAGCAGCUUUGUAAUUAGAUUUUAACUAUUUUUACUAUGCGAGUACAGUGAAAUAGACAAUCUUCAGUCAUAAGAGACUGCUUUUAGAGUAUCUCAUAAAAGUCAUCUUAGGAAAAAAAAUCUAGCUGUCUACUAUAGGUUGUCCUUUUCAAACUAAGUACUGUGCACUGGUAAUAUAAUUAGAUGGUUAUUUCCCCUUUCUAAAGCAAAGGGUUAGAAUAAGAUCCAAUAACUGCAAGAUAUAGAGUGCUUGAUCUUUGCUCAGCUGAAUAAUAGACAGUAUAAUUACCUGUUCAACUGCAGGCAAAUGUAUUUCUAAUAUUUGCCAUGUAAGUGCAAAUAAUUACGACUAUGUGGGCCAUGUGAAAUCUAGUGAUUCUAAGUAUUCAGAGGUUUUCUAUGUCUAGAUCAAAGAGGAUAUUUCUAAAAUCA